ACGUGUCGCGUCCCGAGCGGGGAGCGAGGUGCCACUGGCGAAUGAAGACUGGAAUCCUCCACGGGGCCUCCCCUCUCUCCGUUCUCCUUCUUCGGCCCUCAAGACCCCGAGCCCACCCUAGCGGCUUAAGGUUAGGGUUCCGGCGUCUCCGGCGGCGGCGAUGAGAAGGGGAAAGGUCCAGCUUCGGCGAAUCGAGGACAAGGCCAGCCGCCAGGUGAGCUUUUCCAAGCGGCGGAGCGGCCUCUUCAAGAAAGCUCACGAGCUCGCCGUUCUCUGCGACGCCGAGGUCGGCAUUUCCGUCUUCUCCGCCAGCGGCAGGCCCUACGAGUUCUGCAGCUCCUCCAGGUUACUUAGAGCAUUGAAAGUAAAAGAGAAUUACCAUCCCCUUCAAAAGUGUAUAUGUGGAGUAUCAAGAAGAUCCUGGAAAACACAAUCAAUCGUUAUCUGCAAUUCUCAGAUGCCAAACAAGAUGUCAGUAAACAUAUUGACGAAGCACAGAAUCAUGGCAAGGAUUUCGCUUGUCCAACAAUCAACUCUGAGCUAAUGGAGAUUGCUCCAUGGUCACUGUCUCUCAAAACAGAUAUGGCCAAGUUAGAUGUGAAUGAGCUUGAACAACUAGAGAAUGAGCUAAGUGAUACAUUCAAACAGAUACAAUCAAGAAAGACAAAGUUGCUGAUGGAUACAAUCAAUAAGCUCCAAGAUCAGAGGAAGGCAUUGCUUGAGGAGAAAGGGUUUAUAGAAUCCAAUGGAGCUGCAGUGGAGCACAACAAGGAUGUUAGCAACAAUAGCGAGGGCGCUUUGUCCCAGGGGAUACACGAAGAGCCAGGGGUGCAACCUGCCAAGUGCCAUGCACCACGUUGCUUAUUAUUAUUUUCCUAGGAAGAAUAAGCAGGCAGUUGGAAGGGUCUUAAUUAAGAUAGUGUGGGUCCAAAGUCUCAAGAAAAAUAGAGUGGGACAGGGACCAUGUAAUCUCAUGUAUUUCACUGUUAUUUUACAUAUGUAUGAUAAUACCAAUAAACAUAUGAUGUGCUGAGCUGUUGAUUGCAGUUAGACCGCAACCAUUUAUACCACCAUUUGGACGACUUUUAUGCCU